GUUUUAACAGCAAGAACCCUAAUUUUUUAUCGCCAAGUAUGUGGAUCACGCGCUUCUUGUCUGUGCUAGGGUUCUUGGCGCUGGGCCUGGCGCUCUCGCCGCUUGGGGAUCAUCUCCGUGGCUGGGCGGCGGGCAAGAAUGCGGCAGCUGGAGGCGGAGCUCUGGCGGUGCGAAUGGUGCAUCUCCUGGGAUUUGCCACGGCGUGGGGGACGUCGCUCUGGGUGACUUUCAUUGGCGGGAUUAUCAUGUUUAAGCAUCUUCCAAGGCACCAGUUUGGGAAUCUCCAGUCGAAGCUCUUCCCCGUCUACUUCGAAUUGCUAGCGGUGUGUUCCACUGCGUGUAUUGGAGCGUUUUCUCUGCUACACCCUUGGGGAUCGAGCACCAGUGCCGAGAAGAUGCAGCUCGGAGCUCUCGUUUUCUCGCUGGUGGGGACGCUUCUCAACCUACUAGUCUUCGAGCCCAUGACAAUCAAGACAAUGAAGGAGAGGCACAAGAUCGAGAGAGAAGAAUCGAUCGGAGAAGAAGUUGGACUCUCCAAGAACAAGGAGGCGGCCAAGCGCAACCCGGCCCUUGCCAAGAUCAACAAGAAGUUUGGCAUGGUUCACGGCCUGUCCUCUUUGGCGAAUCUCUUCUGUUUCGGAGGAUUCGCCGUCCACUCCUGGUAUCUGGCAGGAAAGUUGGCCCUGUGACAAGUUUUAUCAGCAUUGGUAGACAACGCCAAGAUAGAAACCAACAGGCAAGGCAUUUUUGCAUCUCUCCUUUAUCGUAAAUAACGUAAGAAGGUUAUGAAAGCAAUCCAGGCUCAUUUCUGGAUUGCAAUUGAAUCAAACCACUCUGUCCUUCCUUACAGUGUUAACAGGAGCUUGUUGCUAUUC